CAAGUAUCAACACUCCGAUGUCAACUGUUGCUGAUGCAAAACAAAAGUUUUGCGAAGCUGUUUGAGGCAAAAUAACAUUAGCUAAAGUAACGCGUUAGCAGACCUGUGUUUGACCAAGGACGAUGUCUGUGCCUUUCUCAAACACUCACCUUCGGGUUCCACGUGGGUUUGGCAAUCUCUUGGAGGGGUUGGCUCGAGAGGUCCUGCGAGACCAGCCCAAAGACAUCCCCACCUUUGCUGCACUUUACUUCACUGCUCUUCUCAAAGAGAGAGAAGAGAGUGGCUUGGACCCCGCAGAGUGGUGUGCCAGGCUUGAGGACAGAUUCUACAACAAUCAUGCAUUCAAGAACUCACCGAAUCAAGUCAACACCAGUCCAGCUGAUGCAACUCUGAAGAUUUCUGAGAAAAAGGAUGAGCUGACUGAAUCUCAAACAGAAGAUGAAACUGGUAAUUUUGAGCCAGUUGGGAUUCCAUCUCCCACAAACUCAAACAUUGAUGUCUGUGAAGAUGUGCAGGGAACUGAAAGUCAAGGAAAAUAUGAAAUGGACAAUAUCACAGAUAAAUAUGUAAUUUCGAUGCAAAUGGAUCCCUCCUCAGAGCUGUCAGACAAUAGACUCACAGAUAUGGAUGCAGACACUGAAGAACAGAGUGAGACAGAGGAAGUAAAGGACGAGACAAGUGAUGUAUCCAAUAAAGGUAACAUGACAGGCGAAGAGAUGAAUGAAAGAGCUGCCAAAGAGGUAUGCAAGUCUGAACUUGAGCCCAGUGAGGACAUCUCACUCGGUGGACUUUCAAAUGUAGACGUAUGUGCUGAAGAACUGAGAAAGACUGAAGAGGGAGAAGAACAAACUUCUCAGGAAAUCAGCACUGGUGAUGAUGCAAUUCUUGGUAGCUCAAACGAAGAGAACCACAGUAGUGAAUUUGAACUUACUCAGGAAGUCUCAUUCACUGGACUUACCAAUGUAGAUGUAUGUGCUGAAGAACUGAGAGGGACAAAAGAGAGCGAGGAAGAAGGCACUGCAGAGGAUGGCCUCAGUGAAGGCUUCAAAGAUCAAGAUCUUGCUGAUGCUCAGGAGAGUUCAAUAUCGCUCAUGGUUGAAAUCAGUGGACCAUUAUCACCACAUUAUCAUCAAACUGAAUCCCCUGAACCUAUUCUACAGGAAACAACUGACAAUUCAGGGGGUGUUUCAGAAGAGGAAGGAAUAGAGAAUCUAAUUGUUUCCACAACAUAUACUGGGGAAACGCAUGAAGUUGCGCCCUCCAUUGAUGAUGCCUCCAGAAUCUUGUCAGAUGAUGAAAGUGUUUUAGGUGAUGAUGAAGAACAAAAGGAGGAAAGUCUAGUUCAGAUCAGCACUGAGGAGGUGCCUAAAACCCUUGAGGUCAAAAUGUAUGAACAGCAGCCAGAAGAGGAAGGUCCGGUCGAGGCUUCACAAACUGAGGCAGAACGACCAGAUGUUGUGUCUGAGGAUGCUGAGGAAGAAACAGGCCUUGUUGGACAUGAUACUCAAGACCUUGUUGAACCUAACACUGACAUCGAAGGGGAAGCGGAGGCAGUCACUGCUGAAGCUGAAGCUCAGAUAAAGGUAAUGGAGCAGGACGCUGCUGAUAUAGAAAUGGAACAAGAUUACAAAUCUGAUUCCAGUGAUUCAAGUGACGAGGAUGAGGAGAAACUGAGUAAGGUGAACGUCAGCACUCCUAAUCAGCAGGCCUCUGAAAUAGAGCAGAAACCAGAGGAUGAAACUGAUUAUGAGAACAAAUAUAUAAAUAAGAAGGAAAUGGGUGAAGACAUAUCUCAGCAGGAUUCUACUAAGAUAGAAAAUAAGCAAGAGAAUGAUGCUCCUCACAUCAAACAUGAUAACACGGAAAUGGGGGAAAAAUACAUUUCAAACACAUAUCAACAAGAUCCUUCAGCGAUACAGGGAGAAGCUGGUCAGGAGAACGAGGUUAGACCUGUAGAGCUGCAGCAAGAGGACGCUGGGAAAGAGACAGGGGACACAGCUGAGCAACAGGAGGAAACAGACGCAUUGGAGUACAGGGAAACUGAACUAAAAGGACUUGGCAAAGAGCACACAGUUACCCCAUUUCAGGACACAGAGCAAGCUGAUGACAACCCAGAGCACAUACCAGAGGGAGACAUAAAGGACAGCGUGGACAAGACUUAUGACAAGGAAGAAUGCAGCCAACCCCAGGAGGAGGAGGACAUCAUGGACAUACCUCUGGACGACCCCGAGGCCAACAAGGCAGCUGCAAAGAUCCAGGCUGGCUUCCGCGGUCACAUGACCAGGAAGAAGAUUAAGCCUGCUGACAAGCCUGAGGGGGAUGGGGAUGAGGAGGUGAGCAGCAGUGGUGAGGCCCUCAAUGGCAACCAGGGGGACACAGAAUCAGGAGGAUCAGAGGGAGUAGAGAGAGAUGACACAUCUGUGCCGGAACAGUGAAGCCUCUGACCUCGAUGAAGAGAAGAAGAAGAUGAAGAUGCAUGGCUGUGGCUGUACCUUUUUUUUCAGGAGGAGCAACUUUCUAUGUAACACAAAAUAGCAGUGUAUUAUCCCGAUUUUGGGACGCGUCAUUUAAUUUGUGAACUCUUUAACACUUUCCUGCUUCCAGUCCCAAUCCGUGUGGAUCGUCUUUGACCCAAAUUUGCAUCUCUCACUGCAUGUCCUUGUGAAACUUCUGGUAGUGUGCUAGUCUAGAAGAUAUGUGAAGCUGAUAAGUGUUUUCCCAUGCUAAAUGGGGCUAAUUUGAGUUGAAUAUAAAGGUUGUGUACAAUUAUGCAUUAUGAAUACACUUCAACCGCUGGAAUGCUUGUUUCUGUGUUGUUUCAAGUGCUUGUAUAAUUACUAUUUCAUUAUUUUUGGUGUACACAAUAUCGCUAAAAGGGAGGAAGAGACCCUAAUUGAUCAUUGUAAGGCAUAUUAUUUAAGUUGAUGAUUAAUUUAUUGUUAUCUAGAUUUGCAGUAUUUAAGUGUUGUGCACCAUAAUGAAUAAUGGAAUUACUUUCACGUAUUGGUCAGCAUCACCAUUUUCUCCAAAUUAGAUCUUCCAACACAGUAAGCAUGCAGUACAAUGUACUAUAGUUUAUUUGCAGAUAGUACAGUUUUAUCCUUAGAGAAAUGGAGUCAUAUCCUCUGCUCCUACAGUAUGUUUAUGGGUACAGAAUUUGUGUUUUAUAUAAACUGUUGAUCUAAAUCAGGUAUUAUCAUCAGGGGUUGGAACCAACAUUAUAUUUAAAUCAUUUCGUUCUGAACAUAACUAUUAUUUUGUUCUUUCUGUUCUGACCUGCAAGAUGAAGUUCUUAACUGGUUCUUACCCCCCAAAAAUACCAGUUUAUAUCGUUAAUUUCUGUUCCUUUUUUUUUUACAUUAGCUCGACAUUAAAUUACUUCACCAAUCAGUGCGGAUAGAGCAGCUUGCUAUGGAGCAGGCAAGCUGUAGUUGUUUUAGCAUAGACAGCCGAUAGUGCAUGGGCGCUACCUGCUGCGUAGGCUACAGUUGUUUACAUGCGCGAUAGACGGGCAAGUGUAUGGCGUGAGAUGAGACUGAUAUUUUGCAGGUGGGGAGAGAGCGAGAGAUGGUGGAUGAGGAGGCUUGGCUUGAAGCGCUGGGCAUUGUUAUGACAUCUGAAUUAGGCCCACAGAAUUAUACCUACGGAG